CAUUAAUAUGGGUUGUGAAUUGCACAAAAAUUAAUCAACCAAUUGACGACGACCUGUCGUUUUACCCUCACCAGCUUCUUUAGUAGUCUCCACUCCGUCCCCGUGAGUAGUGUUAGGGUGUCGUCUCCUACUUCAAUGGAGGAGAAGAUUUGCAGCGAGUUGAAACUCACUAAGUUAAGGCAAGAAAGCUUCAACCGAAGUCUCAAUGAAAUUCACAAGCAAGCCUCUUCCAUUCUCUCCCUCACACUUCAAUGGAAAGAUAUCGAAACUCACUUCGAGUCCACUUUCAAUUCCAUCGAAGACUGCGCCAAAGCGCUUCGCACGAAGGAACGGCAACUGGAGGAGAGAGAGAAGGAAUUUGAAUCGAAGGAGAAGGAGUUUGAGGAACGGUGCGAAGAGUUUAUAAAGUUGAGAGAUGCGGAGGUUGAGGAGCAUUAUAAAGAGAUUGAGUUGAAGGAGAAGGAUUUUGAGGAACGGCGUAGAGAGGUUGAAUCGGAGAGGAAGCUGUUGGAGGAGAGGCGGAAGGAAGUCGAAGAGAGGGAGGAGUUGGUGAGAAAGAAGUUUGUUGAAGAGGUUGAGUUGAAGGAGAAGGAAAUUGAGGAAAGGCGAAAGGAAAUUGAAGUGGAAAGGAAGAAGCUUGUCGAAGAGUUUGAGUUGAAGGAGAAGAUAAUUGAGGAAAGGCAAAAGGAAAUUGAAGUGGAAAGGAAGAAGCUUGUCGAAGAGUUUGAGUCGAAGGAGAAGCAACUCAAUGAAGGGCGCAGGGAAGUUGCAUGGGUGAAGUUGAAGGUUGGCGAACAACUUAAGGAGUGUGAAUUAAAGGAGAGACGGCUUGAGGAUAGGGCUUUGGAGAUUGAAUUGGUGAGGAAGAGAAAUGUGGAGUUUUUUGAAGAGCUUAAAUUGAAGCAAAAGGAAGUUGAAUCGGGGGACAUGAAAAACAAGAAGUUUAUAGAGGGGUUUGAAUUGAAAGAGAAACAAUUUGAUGAAAGGUGCAAGGAAGUUGAAUCGGAGAGAAAGAAGUUAGUUGAAAAGCUUGAAUUGAAGGAGAAGCAACUUCUGGAGCAGCAGAAAGAAGUUGAAUUGGAAAACAGAAAAAUUAAGGAAUUUUUUGAAAAGCUUGAGUUGAAAGAAAUAAAUUUUGGGCAGAAAGUCAAAGAAAGGUAUGAUGAAAUUGAAUUGAAGGAGAAGAAAGUCGAGGAAGAGUUUAGAGAAGUUGCAUCGAGAGAAGAGAGGGUGGAGAAGAGAUUUAGAGGGGUUGAAGAGAAGGAGAGGAGGGUUAAAGAGCUGUUUAAGAAAGUUAGGGUGAAAGAUGACAAGUUUAGGGAAUGGAGAAAAGGGGUUGAGUUGAAAGAGAAGGAACUUGAGUUGAAAGGUAGGGAGGUUGAGGAGAGGAUUAAAGAGAUUGGAUUGAAAGAUAGGAAGGUUGAGGAGAGUCUUAAAGAGCUUGGAUUUAAAGGUAGGGAGGUUGAGGAGAGGCUUAAAGAGAUUGGAUUGAAAGAUAGGAUGGUUGAGGAGAGGCUUAAAGAGGCUGGAUUGAAAGAUAGGAUGGUUGGAGAGAGGGUUAAAGAGGCUGGAUUGAAAGAUAGGAUGGUUGGGGAGAGGGUUAAAGAGGUUGGAUUGAUGGAAAAGAAUGUUGGCAAAAGGAGCGAGGAAGUUGAAUUGGAUAGGAGGAAAUUAGAGGAAGGAUUUAGAGAACUUGAGUUGAAAAGCAGGGAGGUUGAGGAGAUAAUUAAAGGGGCUGAGUUGAAGGAGAAGGAAUUGGAGGAACGGUGCAGGGGGUUUGAUUCGAAUGGGAAGCAAAUUGAAGAGGUUCAGUUGAAGGAGAACGAACUAGAAGAGAGGUUACGGGAAGUUGAAUUGAAAAAUAAGAAGUGCUUGGGGCGAAUUAAGGAGUCUGAGUUGAAGGAGAAACAAGUUGCUGAUGCUUGUAUUGCCCAUGUGAAGUCGGAGACCGUAGAAUAUUCCAUAGAUGCUAACCUACAUUUUUCAGUGAAAAUGGAUGGAAAGGCAUUGCAAAUUUUAUUAAAUAAGCGUUGUAAACAUGAUGAGAAGAUGAAGAAUGAGGUAUCUACUGCUUUGGGACUUUCCUCGGAUCCUGCAAAGCUGGUUUUGGAUGCAAUGGAAGGGUUUUACCCGCCCCAUUUGAGGGAGGGUGAUGUGGAGUUCAAAGAGGUUGUUGUGAAAAGAAGUUGCAAUCUUUUGCUUGAGCAGUUAAUGAAAAUAUCCCCAACAAUCAAAACCCAUGUGAGAAAAGAAGCAACGAAACUUGCCUUUCUUUGGAUGACAAAGAUGAAAGUGGAUGAUCAGGACAAUUUAGAUGUUAUGGGAUUUUUUUAUCUCUUGGCUGCUUAUGGACUGGCCUCUGCUUUUGAUUCAGAUGAGCUCAUAAGCCGUCUGGUGAUUAUUGCUCGAAAGAAGCAGACUCCUGAAUUCUUGCGUGUCCUUGAUCUAGGAGAUAAAGUUCCUGGUUUUAUUCAAAAUCUUAUCUUAAAGAGACAGCCAAUGGAAGCUAUCAGAUUCAUUUAUGCAUUUGAGAUGGUUAAUCAGUUCCCACCUGGACCUAUCUUGAGGGAUUACUUAAGUGGUUCCAAGAUUGCAGCCAGAAAAAUUAAGAGGAGGAACAAAUCAAUUGAAGGACUGGUUGAGUCUGUAAAGAGAAGAGUAGCUGACCUAAUGGUUGUACUGAAAUGCGUUGAAGAUUACAAGCUUGAAACUGUAUUCUCACCACAUACCCUCAAGCAACAAAUAAAAGACGUCGAAAGACAACUUUCAAUUAGGAAAACAAAGUUACCAAACCUGGGAAGCAAUUCUACUGAGCCUCAUCUGAGUGAGAACAAACGUUUGGCCCCAAAAGCUGCUGCUUGUGCCUCUGUCCUUGCGUCCAAAUAUGUCUCUGCCACUAUACCUGCUCUCAAUUCCACGAUGGCAGCCUGUACUGCUCCCAUCACAGUCACCUCCCUCGCUCCAACUGUUGCCUACAUUGCUUCCCCAGUCACAGUCACCUCUCCUGCCCCAACUACGUCCGCUAUUGCUAAUCCAGUCGUCCGUAUCAUUGUCACUUCUCCCUCCACAACUGCUGCAGCCGCUGUUACCCCAAUAGCAGUUGCCUCUCCCGCCACUACUUCAUCCAUUACUACCUCCACUACCCGAAGUACUGUUGUCUCCCCCUCCUCAAGCAGUGCAUCACCUUCUGGCUCAAUCCCCAAGACUGAACCACAAUACCAGGGUGGAAAUAAACGCUGUCAAGCGCAGUACCAGGGCAGUGAUAAGCACCCGCACCCUCAAGAACAACACCAGAGUGGAAAUAAGCGCCCUCGGAUUGCUAAAUCAUCUGAGGUUCCUCUAAGAGCACCAUUACUUAAAAACACUAGCAUUGCACACCCGGUGCCUGUCCCUCAUCAGCGAGCAGAAGGUCCU